AUGCACUCACCAUCGCGCUUCUUCUCCAUCCGUCCCCCGUCGCUGUUUGCUAGUGCAAGUGCUCGUCUUGUUACUGCUGGCCGCGGCACACGACCGAGUGUCUCCCACCGUCUGCUCUCUCAGCCAGUUAGAAGCGACAUGUCCAACCACCCAAAGCCCCGUUUCUCUGUCUCCCCCAUUCCACCCAACGUUCUUGGACCUGAACGUUACAUCCAAACUGCUGCAGCACUUGUAAUCGGAGACGAGAUUCUCAAUGGGAAGACACACGAUACGAAUUCGAAUUACUUUGCGCGAUGGUGUUUCGAGCAUGGGGUCGAGUGUAAGCGAAUAGAGGUCAUCGCUGACGAGGAAGAGCAGAUAAUCGAGGCAAGCCGGCGGAUGGUGCAAACUUAUGACUUGGUCGUGACUACUGGUGGUAUUGGAUCGACUCAUGACGAUAUCACGUAUGGCUCCCUGGCGAAGGCAUUCGAGCAAGCGCUUGUCCACCAUAGUGAAACCCUUGCGCGUAUGACACAGAUGGCCAAACACCGACACUGGUUCUCGACACAAACUCCUCAGCAACGUGCUGCUACUGAACGAAUGGCCCUAUUUCCCAACCGGGCGGAGGUCCUGUUUGUUGCUGAAGAUAUCUGGGUGCCCGUUGUCCGACUCGAAGGCAAACUCUGCAUUUUCCCCGGAAUCCCGUCGCUCUUUCAGAAGAUGCUAACUGCAUUAACUCCGCUUCUGCCUUUACCGCCGAUAUCUGAACGACCACGACGGAUUCAGGUGUUUACCGAACGACCCGAGUCAAUGAUUGCGCCAUACCUCACCAAACUUCAAGCGCGCGUGAAACCGCACGGGGUCCAGGUGGGGUCCUAUCCCGUGCUUGGACAAGGCGUGUUUGUUAGCCUCAUUGGUCGGGAAAGGCCUAUUACCACGACUGCAGUGUCGAACGCGGAUCACGGCAGCUUGGAGGACAUCGCAAAAGAGGUUGGGAUCGCUAUAGAAGGCUACGUCGUGACAGAGGAGGAAGUGUUGAAGCGCAAGGGUCAAUGUGAGACUCUUCAGUCGCCUGGAGAGGUUGCAGCAAGUCUAGCGGGUGGUACAAGCACAAAUGCAAAAGCGAAGAUAUAA